AUGUCCGGAGAGCCACACCCCUUGGAGAUCCACCUCAGGGUCAACCCCAAGAGAACCAGCACCAACAUGGUUCACCCUGUGGCCGUGGAAACUGUGUCCCCGGUUCAGUACCAGAGAGAGGAAGUGAAGCAUUACCGCAAGUGGUGCCCUUGGUUGACACCUCUCAUCGUUGUUGCUAACAUAGUUAUGUUUGUGAUCACUAUGUAUGUCAACAACUGCCCCCAUAACUCUGUCUCCUGCAUUGCCUCCUUCUUGGGUCGCUUCUCCUUCCAACCCUUCAAGGAAAAUCCCCUAUUGGGUCCUUCAUCCUUGACUUUACAGAAGAUGGGGGCACUUGAUGUGGGCAGAGUGGUUCACAGACACCAGGGGUGGCGCCUCAUCACUUGUAUGUGGCUGCAUGCGGGGGUUUUCCAUCUGUUGGCAAAUAUGUUGGGCAUUCUUGUCAUUGGAAUUCGGCUUGAGCAAGAAUUUGGGUUUGUGCUUAUUGGACUGCUAUUUGUCAUAUCUGGAUUUGGGGGGAGUUUACUUUCUGCUCUUUUCAUCCAGUCAAACAUUUCUGUCGGUGCUUCUGGUGCACUAUUCGGCUUGCUGGGAGGCAUGCUUUCAGAACUCAUUACUAACUGGACUAUAUAUGAUAACAAGAUAGCAGCACUCUUCACCCUUGUGAUCAUCAUUGUUAUCAAUCUAGCAGUGGGAAUUCUUCCACAUGUGGACAAUUUUGCUCAUAUUGGAGGCUUUCUUACUGGAUUUUUUCUCGGAUUUGUGUUUUUGAUUCGUCCCCAGUUUGGAUGGGUUAACCAACGAUAUGCUCCCCUAAAUUAUUCUCCAGGACGAUCUAAGCCUAAAUUCAAAAAGUAUCAGUGCAUCUUAUGGGUCUUCUCCCUGAUAAUUCUAGUAGUUGGGCUUUCUGUUGGGCUUGUUGCACUUCUCCGUGGUGUUGAUGCAAAUGACCACUGCUCCUGGUGUCAUUAUCUGUCUUGUGUUCCAACUUCAAAAUGGAGCUGCCAUACAGAACCAGCAUAUUGUGUGUCAAAUGAGCUUGGUAACCAGCUGAACAUAACAUGCUCAAGCAAUGGUAAAUCCAGUACAUACUUCAUGCAAGAUCCAAGCAGUUCCCAGAUCCAGCAACUGUGUACUCAACUUUGUAGUUGA